AGCAGUGCACUCAAACCCAGGUACAGCUUCACAGACGUUUAGGAGAUCUUUAUGAUCACUCGCAAAAUAAUAUCUUUCGCAAAAUACUUUCAAAUUACAAACUUAGUCAACCACAAACCACUAUGAAGAACCGUUUCACAACCCUGGAUAUCGCGUACCUUAUCGACGAGCUUCGCCAGAAAUUGGUUGGGCUCCGCGUGGAUCAGGUGUAUGACAUUGACAAGAAGACGUACCUUAUUCGUCUUGUCAGGUCUGGAGGAGUCAAAAAGGUGCUACUAUUAGAAUCUGGAAGCCGCUUUCAUUCCACCCAAUUUGAAUGGGCUAAAAAUCCUGCUCCGUCCGGAUUUUCCAUGAAAUUGAGAAAACAUUUGAAUAACAAAAGAUUAGAAAAGAUUGAACAAGUUGGGGCAGAUCGGAUCGUUCAUCUCCAAUUUGGAAUGGACACAGCCGCAUAUCAUCUAUUUCUAGAGCUAUAUGACAGAGGAAAUAUCAUUCUUACGGACCAUACGCUCACUAUUCUCAACUUGGUGAGACCUCGUAUAAUUGGAGAAGAAAGAAUGGCUGCCCAUGAAAAAUACGCAGUGGAUAGUGCUAAACAAAAUUUUGCGAUUGGUCGUACUCAAAUAGAAGAACUCUUAAGGAACAGUCCCACGGGAACGCUUCGCGAGAAUUUUCUGUCUAAACUGGAAUUCGGUCCAGCCCUAUUCUCAUGCGUCUUGUCGCGAUUUAAUUUAACACCGCAAACAAAAAUUGCAACACUUGUAAAUUCGGAGGAAACAUUACUGUCAACGCUUGACAAGUUGGACGGUGCAUUUGCUCAAGGAACCUCUAUGCUGACAAAAAUUGAGAAUCACAGGGGUGUAAUUGUGUUGUCGAAGCCGCAACAGAGUAGUAACAAGAAGACUGACGAUGACAUACCGAUACCGCCUUCAUCGGAAUCACAGCAGCCACUUUUCUACGAAGAAUUUCACCCUUCUGUAUUGGAAGAAUGGUUAGGAGAUAGUGAUGCCUUGAAAUUUGACAGCUUUGACGAAGCUGUUGAUGAGUUCUUUUCAAAAAUAGAGUCUCAAAAAUCAGACAUGAAGCAACUAAAUCAGGAAAAAGAUGCAUACAAGAAACUGGAGAGAGUGAAAUUAGAUCAACACAAACGUUUAAGGGAAUUAAAAGAAGGACAAGAAGUAGAUAAACAAAAAGCAGAAUUUAUUACGAUAAACCAAUCAACCGUAGAUAUGGCCAUUUCAACAAUUAGAAAAUUGGUUGCAAAUCAAAUUCCUUGGGAUACAAUAGAAGAUCAAUUAAAGGAAGCUAGAACACAAGGCGAUCCAUUGGCGACCAUGAUUGUAAAACUGAACUUGAAGCAAAACAAGAUCACACUAAAAUUAAGCAACCUGUAUGACGAAGGACAACACGCACUCGAAAUUGAUGUAGAUUUGAAUUUGUCAGCGUAUGCCAACGCAACAAAGUAUUUUGAUUUAAAAAAGGCUUCAGCCAAGAAGGAGGAAAGAACAAUAGAAUCGCAAGGAAAAGCAUUUAAAUCUACAGAAAAGAAAACACUAGCAAUUUUGAAAGAAGCUGCAACAAUUCACUCAAUCAAAAAGGCUCGAAAGGUCCUGUGGUUUGAAAAGUUUCGAUGGUUUAUUACUUCCGAAAACUUUCUCGUCGUUGGUGGGAGAGAUGCGCAACAGAAUGAAUUACUCGUAAAGCGCUACUUACGACCUCGCGAUGUGUAUAUGCACGCAGAGUCACACGGAGCUCCUACAUUAAUAAUCAAGAAUGACACCCCUUGUGAUGAUGUCCCACCCAAGUCGCUCAACGAGUGUGGUGUAUAUGCUACUUCAAUUAGCGGCUCGUGGGAAAAUAAAGUCAUUCCAAGUGCGUGGUGGGUGUGGGGAGAUCAAGUGUCAAAGUCAGCCCCGUCAGGAGAAUACUUACCAACGGGAUCAUUUAUGAUUCGAGGAAGAAAAAAUUAUCUCCCACCCUAUCAAUUGGUGCUUGGCUUUGGCCUUCUUUUUCGUAUGACUGUUGAUAGCAUCGAUGCUCACAAAAACGAAAGAAGUAGAAAACCUGGGGUUGAUGGGUCGGACAUGCAAUCGUUAACUUUAGAGAAUGAGAAUAAUGAGAUCGAAGAAGAUAUUCCUGGUGGUGGUGACAUGGACGACGACGAGGAUGAGUUUCCAGACACUCACGUCAAUUUGAAUGUUGAUGGGGACAAGUUGCGCACAAGACUGACAUCUUCCACAGGAAGUGUUUUAGAUGAUGCCUCGGAAUUUUUGGUGACAUCCGCUGUACCUUCUGCUAAUAGUAACUCGAUGCAAAAAAUCAAAAACAAGCAAAAGAAAAUCGCGAAACUCGCAAAAGGUCAACCCAAACAACAGGUCAUGAAGUCAGAGAAACCUUCCUUAGCUGUUGAACCAUCACCUGUUAAUCGUCCAAAGCGAGGACAACAUGGUAGGAAGAAAAAGCUCAAAGAAAAAUACAAGUUUCAGGAUGAUGAAGAAAGAGAGUUACGUAUGAAAUUACUUCGGGCCGGUCAAUUAGCUGUGAACGAAAUUGAGCAACCAUCAUCCACUGCCACAAAAUCAGAGUGCUCUGAAGAUGAGGAAAAUCAACAGAUUCCAGAAUUGGAGGAAGACUUGCCUUCAGAAGAUGCACAAGAUGAAGAAAAUGACCAGCUUUCUAAGGAAGAUGAUACUAACACCACCACAAAACUUGAACACAACGAAAACCAGCAUCAACUAUUUGCAGAUGAUGAUCAACUAGAAGAUGAAUCACGUGAAGGGGAAACAGAGUUGGAUUUACUCAAAUCUUUGACAGGUUUUCCAUUGGAGCAAGAUGAACUUCUUUUCGCGAUUCCUGUCGUUGCUCCCUAUACCACCUUGCAAAAUUAUAAGUUCAGAAUUAAAAUGGUUCCAGGAACAACAAAGCGAGGAAAGGCAGCAAAGACCGCAUUAGAAUCUUUCCAACGAGAAAAGGACGCCACUCCAAGGGAAAAGGAUUUGAUUAAAGCAGUGAAAGAUCAAGAUUUUGCUAGGAAUUUUCCUGGGAAAGUGAAACUAUCAAACGUAAUUCGAGAUAAGAAGUGAUUAUCUAUUAAAUUACUGUUAUGUUUUUAUGAUAAAUAAUAAUAAUAAAUAAUUAAAACGUCAGAAUGGAUUUC